UGCAUUCGAGUCAAAAUUACAUCAAUUGCCUUCCCAAACGCUCCAGUUCUGGCACGUUUGACGAUUCUCUCUAUCUCCAUCGUAUCUUUGUUUGAUUUUGGACACUACCCUUGUUGUUACUUUCUGCCCUCUUCAUCUUAACUCAAAUUAUGAAGCAAUCUGUCAACCAAUUCUUCACUAGAAGAAAUUUUAGCCUGGAAUUCUUCAAAAGAGAGGAUGAUUACAAAAAAAUGUUCUACAAUGUUCUUAUUAGGCAUCAUUCUCAUGAGUCAGAUGGAGAGAAAGAGGAAAAAAGGUAUACCUUUCCAGUACCUGGAAAUCAUAAUCGAAGGAAGGAGAUUCAUGGUUCUGGAAUUCAUCAUUACAGUUCUGAUGAAGAUGACAACAAGUGGAAGAAAGAACAUGAAUGGGUUGCGAAAGCCCUUGAACCAGCACUAAAGUUCUAUCGCAGGACACUUCAAACAGGUAAUGAAACCGAGAGAAAAACAGUUCCUGUUGGUAGAUCGAUGGUGGAGAUUAUUUCAGACAUUCAACGGAGUAAGCUUGGACUCCCUGAUUGGAAACUAAGUGAUCUAACAAUAGGCUUAUAUCUCAUGUAUCUUCAGCAACAAUCGACAUAUCCAUUGAAUGAUGUUAAUGGAAUUCAGAUAACUUCAGAUUCAAUUGUCCACGAUCUCAUAUAUCACGUUGAAUUGGCAAAAGGGGCUUAUAGGGGUAAUGCUAAUAAUCUUGCAAAGGUGAGCAUGCUUCAAGAGGAUCACAUUGUGAAAUUCGUGAAAGAUUCAAGUGUCAUGAGGCCCGGAUACUUUAUUGGAAUUGACUUGCGCAGACAACUUGUAGUUCUUGGGAUACGAGGAACGAAUACUGUGUAUGAUUUUGUAACUGACAUUGUUUCUUCAAGCAGUGAAGAAAUUACAUACGAAGGUUAUUCGAGUCACUUUGGCUCUGCUGAGGCUGCUCGUUGGUUUUUAAAUCAUGAGAUGGGAACAAUAAAGUGGUAUUUGGACAAACACCAGGGAUUUAGGCUAAGGAUUGUAGGACAUUCUCUUGGAGCUGCUACAGCUUCUUUAUUGGCAAUAAUGAUUCGACGAAAGACAACUGAGGAGCUCGGUUUUGACCCCAAGAUUGUUACUGCAGUUGGUGUUGCCACUCCACCUUGCGUCUCCAGGGAACUUGCUGAAUGCUCCUCUGAUUUUAUUACUAGUGUCGUAAUGCAGGAUGACAUUGUUCCACGCUUAAGUGUAGCUUCUUUAAAUAGGUUGAGGAAUGAAGUUCUUCAAACUGAUUGGAUGACAGUGCUAGAGAAGGAAGACUGGAGAAGUGCCAAAGAUUUGGUUAUAAAUGCAAAGCAAGUUGUUCUAUCUGUUCAAGAUGUAGCUAAGAAGCUGGCUAAUCUUUCCAUGUUCAGGAGUCAAAAAAUACCCAACAAAGAUGCCUCUGGUGUUUCGUUAACUCCUCCCAAGCAAACGGAAGAGAAUGAUACUAUUAUCGGUAGAAAUGAAGAAUCUGUUGGGAAGGUCCCAGAAUUAUUUGUACCAGGAACUCUGUAUUAUCUAAAAAAGAGGAAUUCGAAGGAGACUAAAGGAGAUAACAGCUGCAAGAGCAAAGACGGCAAAGGAUCUUUCACUCUCUUGAAGGCACAUCCAGGUCAGCAUUUUCCGAGAAUAGUCCUUUCAAGCAACAUAAUAUUGGAUCAUAGAUGUGAUAGCCAUUUAUAUGCCCUGAGAGACGUUAUAAAGAAUUUACCAGGAAUAAUCAAAGAAUGUAUCUAUUAAUUAUUCCCUUAAAACUAUUUUCAACAUAAUAAGAGUAUCCUUCUUUCUGAUUAA